AUGAAGCGUUCAUAUACGGUAGGAUCAAGUGAAAGCAGUAAACAAUCGGGUAGAUUAUCCAGGACUAGUCGUAUGCAACGUUGGUCAUUAGCGUUGCGUCGUCAUUGGUUUUCAUCUAUUUCUGGAAGAUCGCAGAAAAGUACAGAUUCUGAUUUUAAUAACAUCAGUCCUGUGGAAAUUAUUUUUGCUGCAUCUGAAAAGGCAGCCCUUGAAGGUUCACUUAAUGAUGGCUCAUCAGCAUCUUGUUCAACAGAUCAUCCGUUGGUGGAUCCCUCACAUUCAACCAAUAUCACUUCCUCUACACAAAAUAUUAUCAGAAGGAAAAGUUUACGACGUUUCUUCAGUAACGGUCAGCAGCAACAACAACAACAACAGCAGCAACAGCAAGGAUCAUUAAGUGGUAGUCAUUCACGUCCUCAGUCGAUAUCAUUGGCAACACGAAAAGGUAGUGGCCAGCAACUCCGACAUAGUGCAGCGGAUCCACUUCAUCACUCAUGUUCCUUAACCGAACAACAAGAUCGCUCAUUACCAAAGGAUUUAAUAGAAUCAGAUUUAACGGUUGUUGGUAUAACAUCAGCAGGAGGAGCUCAUAGUGUUUUAUCAUCGUGUGACGAUCAAGCACAUUUGACAGCUGAGCAAGAAACAUCAACCGCUAGUGGAUUACUUUCGGUGAAUUCAUCAAUAAUUGAUCCAACAAUUGAGUCAACUGCAUCAUUCUCUGAUCAGGGUGAAUUUGAAUUGCCGCCACCAAUGAGUGAAUUGAGUAAUGUUGUAGCUGAUGCUGCUGCAUCUCGAAAUACAUCAUUCAUUUCAUUUUGCUAUUUGUUCGUAAGAACAUUAUUGGAUGCAAUUCGAUAA